GUUGCUUCAUCAACGGACGUGCUCUACGUUUGUUUCGUUAUGUUAGCACUAAUAUUAUUUAUAACAGGCGUACAAAGUUUACCGACGAAAUUGAGAGACGUAAACUGCUUGCAUCUCACGAAUGAUAUAGAGGGACAAAUCAACGAUAUAACUCACAAAUUGUCAUCACACAUAAAAUAUGUCAGUAGUUUUUACGACGAUAUAGAUCUUAGAAUGGUCAAAAUUGUGAUAGACAGACAUUCGUCUGGUGAAAAACAGAAGGAAACUGUACUGAAGGUAGACAUAAACGACUGUGAGAGCGACAAUAAGUACAGACGAUAUUUAUUGAAUGAUAGUGACGAGAUAAGAUCGAAUCUAUCGAUGAAAAAUAGAUCGAUAUCCGGUGAUGAUGAUGAUGGGAAUGAUGAUGAGGUGAUUUAUUUCAUAGAUUAUAUUGAUCUUAAGAGAAUUAGCACAGGCGAUUGAAGGUAGACGUUACUGUGUAUUUACAAACGUCCAUAU